AUGUCGCAGGAGCCAAGCAAUAAGCGGGUUCGGCCUUUAGCACGGGUCACAUCCCUGGCGAACUUGAUCUCUCCUGUGAGAAAUGGUGCAGUUCGACGCUUUGGGCAGACAAUACAGUCGUUUGCCCUUCGCAGUGACAGCAAGUCUCCUAGCUGUGCCCAGAAGUCAUGUAGCAGAUCUGCUGCUCCUACUCCUCCUAAAAGAAGAAACAGCGUACUUUGGUCUGAGAUGUUAGAUGUCAACAUGAAAGAGUCCCUGAGCACCAAAGAAAUUAAGCGCCAGGAGGCGAUAUACGAAAUGUCCAGGGGAGAGCAGGACCUAAUCGAAGACCUGAAGCUUGCCAGAAAGGCCUAUCAUGAUCCCAUGCUGAAACUCUCUAUCAUGUCCGAGGAGGAACUCACCCACAUAUUUGGAGACUUGGAUUCUUAUAUUCCUCUCCAUGAAGACUUGUUGGCAAGUUUAGGAGAAGCAACAAAACCAGAUGGAACAGUGGAACAGAUUGGGCCCAUUCUUGUGAAGUGGUUACCACGACUCCAUGCCUACAAAGGUUACUGUAGCAAUCAGCUGGCAGCCAAAGCACUUCUGGAUCAGAAGAAGCAGGACCGGAGAGUGCAGGACUUCCUUCAGCGCUGCCUCGAGUCUCCUUUCAGCCGCAAGCUAGACCUUUGGAGCUUCUUGGACAUUCCUCGAAGUCGGCUGGUCAAAUACCCGCUGCUCCUAAAAGAGAUCCUGAGGCACACUCCCAAAGACCAUCCCGAUAUCCAGAUUCUGGAAGAAGCCAUAUCUAUAAUCCAAGGAGUCCUCUCUGACAUCAACCUGAAGAAGGGGGAGUCGGAGUGCCAGUAUUACAUUGACAAGCUGGAGUACCUGGAUGAGAAGCAGAAGGACCCGAGGAUUGAAGGCAGCAAAGCUUUACUGUGCCAUGGGGAGCUGAAGAAUAAAAAUGGACACAAACUCUACGUCUUCCUCUUCCAAGACAUCCUGGUUUUGACCCGGCCGGUCACUCGCAAUGAGCGUCAGGCCUACCAAGUGUACAGGCAGCCGAUCCCUGUCCAGGAGCUGCUCCUCGAAGACCUGCAGGAUGGCGAUGUGAAAAUGGGAGGAUCCUUCCGAGGAGCCUUUGGCAAUUCCGAUAAAGCUAAAAAUAUCUUCCGAGUUCGUUUCCAAGAUCCCUCCCCGGGCCAGUCCCACACGCUGCAGGCCAAUGAUGUCUUCCACAAGCAGCAAUGGGUUAAUUGCAUCCGAACCGCCAUCGCUCCCUUCCAGCGGACUGCUGCCGCAGCAGAGCUGAAGGAGCUGCCAGAGCUGAGCGAGGAGUCGGAGGAGAACAACCCCUCCGCGCCCAACAUCAAAGCCCAGAAGAGGCAGUCUGCCAUGUCUGGCGUAACCGACAUGGAGCUAGACGAAAGCACAUCCGAGUGUGGCUCCAUCCUGGACUCGGAGGAAGCCAAGGGCCUGAAAACACACAGAACACCAUCUGGGCACAGAAAAACGAGGGAGAAGCAGCUAAGUGGCAAGCAGAAAGAAACGCUUGUGUAAAGAGGAGCCCAGCAACAUCCUGGUGGAAGACUGUUUAUUUAUAAAUAACGUGUACAUUUUUCUUGUAAUGUGAGCAUGAUUGGAUUCACUCUACUGAACAGAAUAUUUCUUUGGGUUUUAUGUUGUAAUGGCAGCUACUGGUAUACAGUUAACGCUGUUGAACUGGAGUCUGUUUUUACAAACACGGCCACUUUGAACCUGGUUUUAAUGCUGUGAGUGAUUCAGAAGCCCUCGUGCUUUCGACUGCCCGUGGCAGAUUUGAAGAGCACGCUUUGGUUUCUGAAAGAUUUCCACGCGCGCUGUUUGAGGCUGGAAAGCAGUAAAGCUAAAGGGGAAGUCUGGGCCGUCACCGCGAGCCUGGCAGCACCUCCCUUUGCAGGGGGUUUGGAUCAAGAGUCCUUCUAAAGUGGACUCGAAACCUGAAUUCACGUUUUCUUCUUGUCUUGUACAGCGCAUGGUUUGCGGUGUACGGUUAUCAUAAUCCAUGCAACUCUUCAUGUUGAAAAAGGAGAAAAAAAAACAGACCCCAAGUUCAACAGGUUCUCAAUUUACCUACUGGAAUCUUUCAUCUUAGUGUGUCCUUUGUACAUUCCUCAUUUUCACUCUUGUAACCUGCCAGAUAUUUAAUUUUUUUAUUAGUUGUUUUGUUUCAAGUUUGGGGGUUUUUUGGUUUUCUUUGUUUUUCUCUUUUUUUUUUUUUUUUUUUUUUUACUUUUGUAGUUUGUUUUUGUUGUUGUUCAGACUUGGCAUUUCCUUUCAAGUACUUGAUCCUUCUUGCUCUGAGGUGUGCGUGUACAUACUGUUUCUCACGUCACUCCACAGUUCUGCGGAGCGCAGGCAAGCCAUGGCGUUACGAGCCGGUGGCUGGGAGGAGACGCUCAACGUACCCCGUUACGAUGAGCGACGUCAAUGGCUUGUGUGCGCUCCGGACUACUGAAAGAGAACUGCAUUGCUAACGGGGUUUAGGAAGGUUUUAGGCACGUUGUAAAGGGUGUGGGGAGGGAAGAGGAGCAGCAGCUAGAGGGGAAUAGCAGGGAGCGAAGGUAGAUUUUCUUGUUACUGUUGCCUUUUGGAAAUGAAACGCCUCCCGCAGGGAGGCAGGACUGGAGGCAACCAAGGGGUUAUUGCAUGUGGUAGAAAGGUAGAGAAAAGAAAGCGUUUGAAGCUGAUGAGGUGUAAGGACGGAAGAGAUAGUGGUUGUAUAUACUCGUAACGGCGACACUGCCAUGUUCUAGCGGUCCAAAGAUUCGUGUGAGGGGGUGCCAGCUUGGUAACUGCGCUGCAAAGCGUCGCAGGAAACAAAGCGGUGACAGAUUUGAGCAAAGCCGACAGGUUGUUCCUGUCAUUCGACUGGAGAUGAUGGGGCGAGGACAGCGAUCCCGCGAUAGCCGUCCUCGAGCCUUACCUGAAAUCCGUGCUCUGAGCACCGUAACUCGGGUGUAAAGGGUUAUUGCCUGUCACGUGUUCGGCCAGUAAUGUUGGAAAUGGGAAGAGGGUGUACAUAGACACAAACGUGUGGUUCUCUGUAAAUGUAUUGUACAGUUUCGAGUGCCAAGUACAAUUAAAUUCCUGACAGCCUCUU